GGAAAAAAGUGCAUAUGCUUAACAAUCUAGUAUGUGAACAUUGUAAAAGAGCGUUUAAAAGUUACAAAGCAUUUCACAUGCACAAGAAGAAAAAGACAAAAAGCUGUAAAGCAGCUACUGAUAAUAAUGUGUCCAUAGAAGGAGUAGGAAAAGCUCGAAUAUUUAUUUGCAAAGAAUGUGGCUAUAGAACUUCUAAAAUCAAAGACAUGAAAACACACCUAGUAACACACAGCGGAGAGAGACCCUUUAAAUGUAAUCUAUGCCCCAACACAUAUACCCAGUACAGUUCUCUCCAGGGCCAUAAAGAAGGCGCUCACAAGAAUUACGUAGUAGAAUUGACAUGUUAUUUUUGUGGUAAAUAUAUAAAGGGCCGUAGAAAUGUUUAUAGACAUUUAAAAGGACAUACAGAUCAAAAGAUAACUUGUACUGUGUGUGAAAAAACUAUGAAUAAAAGGAGUUAUCAUACUCAUAUGAAACGACACAGCGGGGUCAAGUCGUACACUUGUGAAAAAUGUGCUUCUACAUUCUACACCAGUGCAGAACUGUGCAAUCAUAAACGCUGGGUUCAUAAUAGGAAAGACAAACUUUUUAAAUGUGAUUUAUGUGAUUAUAAAUGUGCAAAAUCACAUAGUAUGAAGCAGCAUAAAAAUAGACACACAGGCAAAAAUUUUCCUUGUACGUAUUGUGGAAGAUUCUACCUCAGUGCAGAUAAAUUGUCAGCGCAUGAGAGGUCACAUUACGACGAGAAGAAAUAUGAAUGUCCACAAUGCAAACUGAAAUUUUUCAAUCGAAAUUCCAUUAGAAAGCAUUUGAAGUUAAAACAUUCCGUAACAAUUAUUAAUGAACAAAAAAAUGUAUCAGUAGAAAUUAAGAAAGAAAACCUUAUUGUAUUACAAAGUGAAGACAUAAUAAUGGAGAAUAAUCCUACAGUAUUAGACUAA